AUGCAGACACCAGAACCCGGUACCGGCUCGGAGAGAAAUGAGGCACAGGCUGGCACAGAACCUGGUACCAGUCAUGAGGCUAAGAGAGAGCAUGGUGACACUGACAGAGGACCUGCCACCGGUGAGGAGACUGGAAGGCAGCCUUAUAUUGCUGAAGAGCCUGGCACCACCAGCCAGGAGACUGACAGAAUGCAUGCCACCACUCAGGACGGUGGCACCAGUGAAGUGAUUGCUGGAGAACCUGGUACCACCAUUCAGGAGCCUGACAGAAUGCAUGCCACCAGUCAGGAGAGUGGCACCAACCAAGUGACUGCUGCAGAAACUGGUACCACCAAUCAAGAUGCCCACAAAGAGCAUGCCACCAGUCAGGAGAGUGGCACCACUGAAGUGACUGCUGCAGAAACUGGUACCACCAAUCAAGUGAGACCCGGAGAGCAUCCUACAAAUCUGGAUAGCGGCUCCACCGAAGUAAUUGCCGGAGAACCAGGAACCACCAAUCAAGUGAGCCCUGGAGAGCAUCCUACAAAUCUGGAUAGUGGCUCCACCGAAGUAACUGCUGGAGAACCUGGUACCACCAAUCUAGAGACCCAUGGAGAACAAACCUCCAAUCAGGAGACAGAUAGACAGUCUGACACCACAGAGGCGAUCACUGGAGAGGCCGGUACCACUGAUCAAGAGCCUGCCACCAAUGGACUAAUGGAAGCAGAGGAGGGUGAAGAAGAGGGAAGGAGUGACAUAGAUCAGGAGAACAGUUCGACAGAACAGCAGAAGGUAGAACUGACCAGUGCCGAGCCCUCUACUGAACUUGAUACGCCCCUCGAAGAAAAGGAGGAGAGGAAAGUGACUGAUGAUGCAGACAAUGAGGUCACAGCGAGGUAUCAAGAAACACCUAGUGAGCUUCCUGAGGAGCAGGAGGGCCCCCAAUCUCAACUAGAAGCACGGGAGCAAAAUGAAGCUGAGCCCGAGCAAUGGGGGCAAGACACUGAGCCCCAAGACAGCUCAGGUGAGACCCAUGAAGAUGAACAGGUCCGAGAAGCUCUGAUCCAACAGUACCAAGCACUGGCUUCAGAAAAGGAGAAGGUCCAGCAGCAGAAUUCUCAGCUCCAACACAAGCUCUACGAGUACUUCCGGCGAAAGAAAGGAGAAGAAACUCGGCCAGAGAUCGAGAAGCAAGUUUCCGACCAAGAACAGCGCUACCUGAAGUACCUGGCCACGCUGGAAGACAUGAGGAAGAAAUUCAAAGCGGACACCAUUCUGCACGAGGGACAGAUUGAAAAGCUCAGGGUUCAGUGCCAGGAAGUGGUAGGCCAAGUGGAUAAAGAGUGGGCCGCUUUCCAAGAGCAGAAGAAGAAGAUCGCUUUAUACAUAGUUAACCGAGGUGCCGGAAAGCGCGCGGCAUCUUCCUUCACCCAAGAAGUGGAAGAACUCCAAGGCAAGGAAGAGCGCAAGGAGAAGGAAGUAAUACAGGUCCGACUUGAGAACAUCAAACUCAAGAACCAGAUCCACCGCCACGAAUCUACCUUGCGCUCCAAAGAAGAGCUAGCCGAAGGUUUGCACCUCAUCGACUUUGAGCAGCUUAAAAUCGAAAAUCAGACCUACAACGAGAAGGUGGAGGAGAGAAACGAGGAGCUCCUGAAACUGAGAAAGAAAAUUACCAACACCGUGCAGGUGCUCACUCACCUGAAAGAGAAGCUGCAGUUUGUGCAGGCCGAAAACCAAGAGCAGAAGGACAGACUUAUGGAAAUCGAGGCUUUAGUGGCUCACGGGAGGGACAUUUUAACCAGAACGAAGCAGGCCAGAGACAACUUGAGGACGGACAACCUGAAUCUGAAGCAGAAAUGUGGGCUGCUCGGAAACAAGACUCUACUUCGAGACUUUGAGGAGAAAGUUGAUGCCACCGAGGAGCUCCAUCAGAAACUGGAGAGCCUGAAGCGUCGCCAUGCUGAGCUAACACUGUCCAGCAAAGGGCUGAUGAAAAAAAUCGAGGACACCAAGUUCGUUAUAGAAAGUUAAUAUUUCCAGUGGAUCAUUUUGCAGAUCCAUAGUAAAUAAAGGUCUACGCUGAAGAAGG